AUGGCUGAAAAUGGUUCAUCAACACGUGAAUUAAAUAAACGACAUCGAAGUACUAGUAAAGAAAGGGAACAUCGUCAUCAUCGAUCACAUCGUGAUGGAAAUGAAAAAAAGCAUCGACAUUCAUCACCUAAAAGAUCAUCAAAAUCACCUGAACCAAAACGUCGACAACCUGAUGAAAUUACUAAAGUUAAAAGAUCCAAUCAUGAUGAUAAAGAAGAUGAAAAAACUGUAGGCAAUGGAACAACAACAAAUAAUGAUGAAAUUAAUAAUAGAAAUAUUAAAACAAAGCAAGUUCCACUUUCAUUGGAAGAAAUGGUUGAAAGAAAUAAAAAAGAACAAGAAGCAAUUUCAAAGCCGAAAUUUUUAACAAAACAAGAACGUGAAGCUGAAGCAUUACGACGUAGACAAGAAGAAGCUGAUUCUAUUCGUAAACGCAAUGAUGAAUUACGUAAGAAACAUGCUGAAUUUAGUAAAGAAGGUGAACAAGCAGCAAUUAAAGAUGAUCGAGAACGUGAACGACGUGAACGUGAACGCAAUCGUCAUCGAAAUGAUAAAGAAGAAGAAAAAGAACAACCAAAUGCCGAUGGAGAACGUGAAGAAGCAGCUGUUAAAGAACGAUAUCUUGGCAUUACUAAGAAAAAACGUAAAAUUCGUCGUUUAAAUGAUAAAAAAUUCGUAUUUGAUUGGGAUGCUGGUGAAGAUACUGCUGUUGAUUAUAAUCCAAUUUAUAAAGAAAAACAUGAAAUACAAUUUUUUGGUCGUGGUCAUAUAGCCGGUAUUGAUAUUAAUAAACAAAAGAAAGAUCAAUCAAAAUUUUAUGAAGGUCUUCUUGAAGAACGUCGUACACCAGGAGAAAAAAAUCGAGAAACAGCUCGUUUAAAAUCUGAUCAAGAUAAAGAUGAAAAACGUCGUCAUGAUGAACGUCAUUGGUCUGAUAAAACUUUAGAAGAAAUGGCUGAUCGUGAUUGGCGUAUAUUUAAAGAAGAUUAUUGUAUAACAACAAGAGGUGGAAAUAUUCCACAUCCAUUAAGAUCAUGGGAAGAAGGUAAUCUUGAAAAAGGUAUUCUCGAUGUUAUUAAACUUGCUGGCUAUAAAGAACCAUCACCCAUUCAACGGCAAGCAAUUCCAAUUGGUUUACAAAAUCGUGAUGUUAUAGGUAUUGCCGAAACUGGUUCUGGUAAAACAGCAGCAUUUCUUAUUCCUUUACUUGCUUGGAUUCGAUCAUUACCAAAAGUUGAAAGAUCGAUUGAUGCUGAUAAUGGACCAUAUGCACUUAUAUUAGCACCAGCUCGUGAAUUAGCACAACAAAUUGAAGAAGAAGCAGUUAAAUUUGGUAAACCAUUAGAUAUUAGUGUUGUUUCACUUAUUGGUGGUUUAUCUCGUGAAGAACAAGGUUUUAAACUUCGUCUUGGUUGUCAUAUUGUUAUAGGUACACCUGGUCGUCUUUUAGAUGUACUUGAAAAUCGUUAUUUAACAUUACAACAAUGUAGUUAUGUUAUUAUGGAUGAAGCUGAUCGAAUGAUAGAUAUGGGUUUUGAAGGUGAUGUUAAAAAGAUUCUUGAAUAUUUACCUGUUACAAAUCAAAAACCUGAUAAUGAACUUGCUGAAAUUUCAAAAAAUUUUUAUUCAAAAGAUAAAUAUCGUCAAACAGUCAUGUUUACAGCUACAAUGACACCAGCUAUUGAACGUUUAGCUCGAACAUAUCUUCGUCGUCCAGCAUCGGUUUAUAUUGGUGCAGUUGGUAAACCAACUCAACGUGUAGAACAAGUUGUUAUUAUGUGUUCAGAAAAUGAAAAAACGUAA